AUGUCUCAAAUACGGAAAGAGCUCUGGCAAGAGCUGAUGGAUGGGUUUACUUACAAUGAGCCUGAGGUCAUCCUCGAUUGUCUGGAUCGAGGAGCCCCAUUGGAUGAAUGCAAUGACGAAGGCGACUAUCCCAUUCAUCUGGCUGCCCGCAACAACAACAUCGACAUCUUGUUGAGAACGCGCUUCGUUGCUGCUGACAACAUAUACCUCCCGAAAACUCUUCUACCCGAAAAUCUGGCUGGUGAAACCCCCUUAGAGAUCGCGUGCAACGCAAACGCACACGAGGCCGUGCGGUGGAUAAUGGGUGAGCUGCCACAGGAUUACGAACGCGCUCAUGCGGCCGUCAGUCGAGCAUUCAAACUGGCUAUUGUCGGAGAGAGGGAGGGACUCUUGAAGAUCUUGCAACAAUCAUGGCCUGAUUGGAGAGCAUUGAAGAUCAAGACAGGAACAACGUCGAAAACGACUCCACUUCGCUUUGCCAUAGACGAGGGAAAGGUCAAAUCAGCGUAUAGACUUGUCAAUCCUAUCGUUACGGCAAAAAGACAGCCUCAUGCCCGCAGGAUCUUCGACAUGAUGUGGAAGUCGCAGUUGGAAGAGGGUGGCUAUCUGGAGAUAAUCCUGGACCAAGAUCAAAAGAGUAUCGACCUCAUCCCAUAUGCAAUUGUCGAUGAGGUCAUGCGUUCUUCUACCAUUAGCAAUGCAGAGAUUCUAGAGAUUCUGCUGAACGUGGGAAUUGAUAUUUCCGCCGUUCUUCGGCAGUCCAUAUAUUACGCGGUGCGCCCCACCACCCAUCCACAUCAAGACAACAACGUAUGGGAAAAGGUCCUACGGGAAGACCAUGUCAUCGAGCCAAAGGACCUAGACUCAAUCCUAUCGUUCGAAAUACCAGCGGACAGUAGCCCAAUUCCCGAAGUAGAAGUAAAAAAGGACUCCAUGAGAGCUGCUUUGAGCCUCCGCGGCGGCCAAGACUGGUCAGGGGUGGUGAAAGCAUCGACAAGCGCGUCUAUAGAGGAUCUUGAGAAGUUCAUGUAUUCGGAAGAUGGGACUAUGUUGCAGCGUAUGCUCAGUCUCAAAGACAAGGAUGGUUACUCACUCCUGAGAUUUACUAUCUCGCACGGCAUGAAUGACCCCGUCGAGAAGCAAAAGCAAAGACUCGAAUACACCGAUCUUCUUCUCCAGCAUGGAAUCGAGGUAGCGGUGCCGGAUCUGAUGGCCGCACGUGAACGUUUGUUUCAUCACGAGGGGACCUUAGCGACCUUUAUGCUAUUGGCUUCCUACAUCACACACGACGUUGCAUUGGACCUAUUGUACAAAAUGUGCAGCGAAUCUUGGAACCGCAAUGGGAUACACCACAGUACGUUUGACCUGAUUCACAUUUUGCUCAGAUGUGGCGUCGACCCAACACUUCUGAACGGAAGUGGCAAGACUCCCCGAAUCGCUCUCCGUGACACCAUGGCAGAGAGACCGACCAAAAAGGUUCCUAUGAUGGACGAGCGAGCCAUGAAGCGCUUAGAAGUGACGAACCGUGCUCGUGCCUCCCGGAUUUCGAAGCUUUUGCUGCGUUGGGAGAACCACGUGAAGGGUUCAGGCGGUAACAAUCCAUUGGAAAUGCACGAUUUUGACUGGCAGGCAUUACGUCAAAGCAUUGGGGAUGAGGAGAUAUGGGCAUGGCUGGUUCAAAAGAACCCAGAGGGUUACAAGGUGAUUGAGUACUGGCACGGGUAA